AUGCCGCCGCAAAAUUUUGUAAUCCUUGGCGGGGGCAUAUCAGGUCUAACUGCAGCGUGGUAUCUGGCACUCAAUGCACCAUCGACAACGAGAAUUACACUAUUGGAAGCUUCGAACAGGUUUGGAGGAUGGAUACAAAGCACACGUGUUGGCAAGGACAAAAUACUCUUUGAACAUGGUCCAAGAACUUUGAGGCCUGUUGAAUUAGGUGGGCUCGUGGUUUUGGAUAUGGCAAAUAAACUGAAAAUAUCCGAGUCAAUUCAUGCCAUCCCGAAGGAUGCACCAGCCGCCCAGAAUCGGUAUAUCUUUUAUCCGAAUAAGCUUGUAAAACUGCCCGGUUCUAAUUUCUUUUCGGGGAUAAAGCAAACUUUGACAACGAGUUUUCUACUAAAAUCAUUGCCUUCUAUAAUACGCGAGCCAUUUAUCAAACAAGCUCCUCCGGAUUUAGAUGAGAGUGUUCAUGGUUUUAUCACUAGACGCUUCAAUGAACAAUUGGCUGACGUGCUAAUUAGCGCACUUGUGCACGGUGUUUAUGCGGGCGAUGUGAGAAAACUUUCGAUGCAAUCAACUUUUACAAGCAUAUACAAUAUGGAAAAAUCCUACGGCUCGGUGAUUAGGGGGGCGUUCAGUAGAAAUCCUUUGCCACUGUCCGUCGAAGAUCUGAAGUGGAUUGAGACUAUCAGUCGAGAAAACGGAGAUCUGAUGAACAUUAUCAACAAAUCAGCUCUUUAUUCCUUCAAGGACG